AUGAGCGAUAGUUUUUCCUUAUAUGAGCGCUAUAUGAGAAGUUUUAAUGUUGUUGAUAAUUACGACAAUAACCAUGAGGAAAUAAGUGAACUCUCAAGCAAUUGUGAUAGUUCUAAUAGUGGAGGUAAUAUUGAUUUGUCUACAGUUACACAAUCCAAAAUAACACAACAAAAUGAUAACCAGUUCAAUAAAUCAGAAUGCAGUCCUUUGCACCUUAUAAAUUAUAAUUCUGAAAAAGUUUUGGAUUCCGAAUUUGUCAAAAUCGAGUCACCGUGUAUCUCACUCGCCACUUCGUCAGAAACCUCAUCUGCAACGAACCAAUGCUUGAAUGACAAAUCGAAUAUCACUGAUAUACCGGUGAUCUCAGAAGAGUCCAAAUCUGAAGGAUUCAAAACUAUAUUUAUAACCUCAACAAUGGAAAAUAGUAACAACGCGGUGGAUAGUGUUCCUAUGUUUCGUGACGUAAAAGCAAAUGAGAGUGUUUUCAAAUUGCCUAUCAGUGAACUUUCUUUUAAUGGUACAAUCUUGAAGCAUGUUCAAAAAUUGAAACCCAUUGUAGACCCUAUUACUGCUUUGAGUACUGUUAGUAGUGUGCUAAACUUAAAUGUUGAACAUGUUCAAACAAAUUCUGAAGUAAAUAGUAAUAUGUGUGCUGAAAAUAAAGGAAUUGAUUGUGUAAGUGAUAGUGAGGAAAAAAAUACCUUAGACUCAGUACAGAUUGAUAAACUUGCAACAAGUAGUUGCUACCAAUAUGAUGAAGAUACAUCUAAGAAGGAACCAAUUGCUGAUGGCAGUUUGAAAUGGAACUUGGAUCAGAGCUACUCAUCUCUUGAGGCAUCCUUUGACAGUGGUAUGCGUUCACCUGACAUGUUUUCUGAUGAAGAUGCAGAAGAACUUAGUCCACAACCAGAACCAUUCUGGAAUUUUUUUAAAGACUUUGAAGCCUAUGAUAAGAAAAAAGUUAGAAAAAUUGAGGAAACACUGCAAGGGGUAUUACCUCCACCAUCUGUCACAACUUUAAAAACUGAUGUAACACAAAUGCUUAAAAAGUACUAUUGUUUCUUGCCAGCAUUUAAUGGUGAAGAAAAUUUAAAUAUUGAAAGUAAUUCAAUGACACCAACUAAAAAAGUUUCAUUUAUUAAAAUACCUCCAGAACCUGGAGUCAUGGAUGAUUUGCAAGAAAUAACAGAUGGUGCAACAAUGAAAUCUCUACAAUGUAACUUGAAUAAUGCUAGAAAAUCAGACAUGAAAGCUAAUACAAGCUUAACUGAUAAAAGUAUUGAUUUGAAAAUGUGUACAGAAACAGAAGCGCUAGAGACGGGUUGGCCAGAUAUAUUAAAGUGCAAAUAUUAUGAUGUCUAUUAUAAUGUAACUGCCUACUCUGAAAAAUUGGAGCAAUUGAUGCAACGUUACGGAGAAAGAUUUAUAGGAGCUGAAACUGAUACAAGUGUUAAUAUUUAUUCUGGAGGUCUCCAGUCUCCGAGCAGUGCCAGUAAACGCAAAGCAUUGAGACUGAAAAUGGCGCAAGCAAAAUCACCAGGUAGAAGGCUGUCUCAUUUAGCACGUCGACGACAGGCGUUCUGUAGCGCGGCCACUAUCAACGAAAAGGCGCAAGCGUCUACUGCUAAAAUGGUCCUUAUUGAUAAGAAUUUCUUCCCACACAGAAAGCUUAUCAACUCCGCUGAAAGGAAAAGUCCUAGAACUCGACGGACACCCGGUAAGAAGACGCCAUCACGGAAGACUCCCGGGAAAAAGACACCAGCGAAGACCCCGAAGACUAAAAGUGGGGGUUCAAGCAGAAAGAAGGCCAUGCGAAGACUAUUAAUGGAUGAUACACUAUCAAAAACACAACCUAACCUCAAGAGGGCGUUAUUUAUUAGUCCAGAACAUAGAAAAACUGAGCCAGCCCCGAGCUCGUCAGUUCCACAUCAGGCUAUGAAAUCCAAGCGAGCUUUAUUUGGGUCCCCAGUAAGACAAGCUGAGACAAAAAGUCUAGAUGGUUCUUCAAGUGAUCAAUUCUUAAAAAGAAAACGAGAUACGCUCGACGAUACGCCUGAAACGAGUAGAAAUAAAAUAGCUAAGAGUUUGUCCUUUGGUGGUGAUACAAUAAAUUCGUCGCAAUCUAUCACGUUGAACCGUCGCGCCUCUGAAAUAUCUUCAAGGAAUAUGGCUGAACUGAAUGAAACUCACAAAAAGAAGCUUCUCUGGGCGGUAACGGAAGCGCUGCGGCUGCACGGCUGGCGCAUGUCCUCGCCAGGGUUCCGGGAGAAGGCGUCGUCGCUAGCGCGCCUCACGCGCAAGCUGCUGGCGCUCCCGCAGCACGCGGCUAAGCUGGCCGCGCCCAAACUGUCCACUUCUGAUACUAUGUUUAAACUAGCUCGACAAUAUGUGUUCGCAAUAAUCCAAGGUCGUACAGUAGAAGAGUGCUUUCAAGAUGAACAAAUAAAACUAACCAAUGAGAGCAACAAAAUAACCGGCUAUAUCUCAGCUAGCGCCUACCAACAGAUAAAAGCCAAACAGACCACAUCAACCUUCACAUCGCAAAUAAAAGAAAAUUUCGCUAGUUCCAUAAAACAAGAACAACCCAGAAGUGGAUCGAAGAAUAUACUACAAGAUAAGUUGGUAAAUAUCGAUUCCAACUCAAAUAGUAGUAGCGGUUUUAGUGUAGAUAAAGCCAUUUACAAAUCGAACUCCAUGCCCUCUUUCGAGGAGGCCGCUAAAAUGAGAGCCAGACGACAGAUCAGCUUUGAUAAUGUUGACUUUCCCAAAAGA